AUGUCUAUAAAACCAUUUGUACUUUUAUCUAAAAAACUGGAGCCAAUACUUUUAUAUCAAAUUCCAUGUUCACAUUUUUGUGACAAAGUUCGUUGGGCAUUAGAUUUUUAUUCAUUACCAUAUAAAUCAAUUAAUUACAGUCCCUUUGAACCUCGAGCACUUGAACAUGCUCCACCGACGUUGCAGAAAUUAGUACCCAUUAUUGAAGAUCCAAAUAAUGAAUCUUUUUUUAUUUCUGAUUCAACACCAAUUCUACUCUAUCUUGACAAUCAUUAUGGAAACAAAAAAACAUUAUUUCCUCAGAAUAUGACUGUUGGAAAAGAUGCUAUUAUCCAGUAUUGUCUGAAAUUAGAUAGUCAAUUAGGUUUAUAUGCUCGACGUUUAGCCUAUCUUUAUGUGAUUAGUGAGAAGCCAGCUAUUCUUUCUGUUUUUAUAGACAGAAACUACGCAAAAACAUCAUGCGAUGAUUGGCUCUCUUAUAUUCGUGGUCUAAUGAGUUCAUGUUUUAUAAUUGCUCGUGUUGGAAUUCAUCGUAUACGAGAAGAACACAUUUCUGAAAAAUUAAUAUGCAUUUUAGAAGAAAUUAAACAAAAUAUUGAUGGAAAACAAUAUUUAUUUAAUGAACAAUUUACAGCUGCUGAUUUAACAUUAACUUCACUGAUCAAACCUUUAACAAUAGUGCCACCUUUAUUUACAAAAUACAAAUCUGUAUUUGAAUAUUGUGAUCGUAUUCGAGCACGGCAUGAUCCAAAACCAUUAGAAGAGCCCUUUGUAGGACGUCUACUUAAACAUCAACGUCAAAAGAGACAACCAUCACAAUAUCAAUCGACAAUUCGAAACAUAAUUUGGUAUAUGUUUUACAUUCUGUUUUAUCCAUUAAAAUUCCUUUUCAUUAUUGAUACGGAAACAGACCAAUUAUAUCAAUAUCCAUCAACGAAUACAAAUGAAAGAGCGCAUAAUGAUAAUCGUAUAUUGAAGGGUGAUUCAUUUAUCGGUACUAUCAUCUUUUUUAUCACAUAUUUCUGGCAUUUAUGUUUUACUAUACCACAACAAAUGGAAUUUGUCAAUAAUGAAGGAAAUAGGAUUUUGCAUCUACAAAAAUAA